CCCAUAAAAAGCUUAUUGGACAGUAUGGUCCUAUCUUUACCAUCUGGAUUGGAUCAAAACCUUUGGUUGUGCUCUGUGGAUAUGAGAUGAUAAAAGAGGCUUUGAUAGAUCAUGCAGAAGAAUUUGGCGGACGUAAUAUUUUGCCCACCAUUGAGCGAAUAUUCCAUAAUCAAAGUCUGGCCACUGAUGAUGAGAGAAACUGGAAGGAGAGGAGACAUUUUAUGCUGUCUACCUUGAGAAAUUUUGGGAUGGGGAAGAAACAGAUGUCCGAAAGAGUGCAGGAGGAAGCCCUUUGUCUAGUGGAGGAAGUGGGCAGCAUUCAAGGGCAGCCUUUUGAACCAAAAAGAAAAUGUACAAAUGCUGUUUCUAAUAUAAUCUGCGCAGUUGUUUUUGGCAACCGAUUUGAUUACCAAAAUCAAACAUUCAUAGAGAACCAAAAAACUCUGGAAUCUCUUUUAAAAGUCUGCAGUAACUUCACAGGAAUGGUGUACAAUAGUUUUCCAAGAAUAAUGGAAUAUUUGCCUGGGCAACACACAAAGACUUUUGCUGAUAUUGAAAAACUUUGUGACUUUAUCCAUGAAAAAGUGGUACUUCACCAGAAAACACUGGAUAUUCAGGAGCCCCGUGACUUUAUUGACUGUUUCCUUAUCAAAUCAGAGAAGGAGCAGAACUCAUCCAACAUUAUCUACACUCCGGAAAGCCUUGUGCGUUUUGUCCUUGAAAUGUUUUUUGCUGGGACAGUAAGCACAAGCAAUGUGUUGGUCUCCAGCCUACUUGUGGUGGCCAAAUUGCCACACAUUCAAGCUAAAGUGCAACAGGAGAUUACUGAGGUGGUGGGUACAAAUCGCAUUCCAAGUAUGGAAGACCGUUUGAAGAUGCCUUUCACCAAUGCUGUGAUCCAUGAGGUUCAACGGUGUUGGAAAGACAGCCUUGAGACCUUUCCACGGGCAACAACUUGUGACCUAAAAUUCCAUGGUUAUAACAUCCCCAAGUACACGGCUGUUGUGCCAGUCCUCCCUUCUGUACAUUUUGACCCUCUCCAGUGGGAAACUCCAGGGAAGUUCAAUCCAGAUCAUUUUUUGGAUGAAAAGGGCCAGUUCAGGAAAAGAGAUGCUUUCAUGGCAUUCUCGGCAGGGAAGAGGUCCUGCCCAGGGGAGGCCCUGGCUCGGAUGGAGGUCUUCUUGUUCUUUAGUGCUCUGCUCCAGAAGUUCACCUUCUAUCUGGAUGUGGAUACCAAAGACAUGGAUGUAAUAUCUUUGAUUACGGACUUCAAAAAUAACAAAGCCCCCCUUUUAAGAGCCAUUAAAUGUUGAAUGCUGAUCAAGAGAAGAAAAGAAGUGGAGGAUUUGGGGGAUAAAAAAAUCUCAGCAGCAAUUUUUUAGAAGAUUUUUGGGAUAUUGAAGGAUUUUGAGUGAAACUAAUCUAAAAUACUUUUCCUUUUAAAUUUUCUUAUCUAGUAGAGGCAUGUUCACUACCAUAGAACAUAUUAUUCUGGCAUUCAUGAGAACUUAUGAUAGUAUGCUGGAUUUAAGAGGAACUUAAGAGAUUUUAAGAGAAGACAUACCCCAGAAGCUUCCUUUAGCUCAAGGGAAAAGAAUGGAUACAACUAGAAAUAAGUUAACAUGAAAAUGACAUAACUAUGAUGUAUGAUAUUGCAUACAAUUUGGCAUUAUGGCUAUCAGAUUGAACGUCCACCAAGAAGUUUCAGAGGACAAAGGACUGGGACU